CAGUGAUCUGACGUGUAUGGGUGUAUCCCGUCGCCUAUAAAUGAUUCGCGAUUAAAAAUAUCGAAUUACGGAUUAAUACGACUGCGUGCUGUGUUUGUGAUGUGUGUGUAAAAUGGAUGCGACUGUGAGUGAUAAAUUGGUUUUUGCACGUGUCUGUAUUCGGACUUUUGCAAUGAACCAUUAGAUGGCGAGAGGGAUAUACACCAUGGUAUACUUAUAGCAUCCAGAAACUUUCAGUGCUGGUGGAGACCAAAAUGAUAAUACUGAUACUAGUGCACUUCAUCACUCUCCCAGCACUGACGUCACGAGCUAACGGAGACACAAUGGAAGACAAAACACAACCGUUGAUAAGUUCCAGAGUGGUUCGGACUAAAUACGGUGAUAUACGAGGCUUUAUAGUCACUCCAGAAUCGAGGUUCCUAGAACCCGUGGAAGUAUUUCGAGGAAUACCUUACGCGUCACCCCCCGUUGGUUCGUUACGUUUCAUGCCGCCGGUAUCGGGAGCGCAAUGGUCUGGAGUUAAAAUAGCUGAAGAAUUUAGCCCAGUUUGCCCACAAGUACUACCUGAUGUACGUAAUGAAACGGCUGUACUGAAACGAAUAUCGAAAGGACGAUUGGAGUAUCUGAAGAGGAUUUUGCCGUUUCUUACUAAUCAGUCGGAAGAUUGUCUCUAUUUAAAUAUUUAUGCACCGGCUCAAGCAGGUGUACGCGAUGCGGUAGCUAGGUAUCCAGUGCUGGUAUUCGUCCAUGGAGAGAGCUACGAAUGGAGUUCAGGCAACCCAUACGAUGGUACCGUCCUCGCGUCUUAUGCCGGCCUGGUAGUUGUUACUAUAAACUAUCGCUUGGGUAUUCUAGGCUUCCUCAACCCUCGGUCAGAUGAGUUCCCCCGGUCACCUGCCAACUAUGGUAUUAUGGACCAGAUUGCUGCGCUCCAUUGGAUCAAGGAGAACGUUGCUGUGUUUGGUGGUGAUCCCACGAACGUCACACUAAUGGGUCAUGGGACUGGGGCGGCCUGCGUCCACUUUCUUCUUACUUCAUUAGCCGUACCGGAAGGUCUCUUGUUCCACAGAGCUGUUUUGAUGUCAGGGUCUGGUCUAAGCCCCUGGUCACUGGUCGCUGAUCCCAAUAAAUACGCAGCACUUGUUGCUUCACAUGCUAACUGUUCACCCGAUCUGACACCGCCAGCGCUUCUACGUUGCUUACGAGAGCGUCCAUUGGAGACACUAUUGUCAGCACCAGUCAAGGCACCAGACUUUUCCUAUGCUUUUGGACCCAGUGUUGAUGGAGUUGUGAUCGAUACAGGUGACAUGAUGGGAAAUCCUGAAUCAGGUUUUGAAUGGCAAAUGUCCAGAGCCCUUCAUGGAAAACCGGCAACUGCUGUCAACAUCAUCAACGCUGUGCUUAUGAGGGAAAGUGCUGUCAAUCAGCUAACCAAAUAUGACCUCAUGCUGGGAGUGACGAAGGCUGAGGCUUAUUUUGCAUUCAGCGGAGAUGAUAUCCUAUUCGGAAUAGAGGCGGAUAGGAGAUCAAAAAUUCUUAAAGCGUUUGUUAGAAAUACCUACACUUAUCACUUGUCCGAGAUACUGGCUACAAUCAUCAAUGAAUAUACGGAUUGGGAAAAACCAGUUCAGCAUCCAGUUAAUAUUAGAGACGAAACACUAGAAGCAUUAAGUGAUGCCCAAGUAGUCGCUCCAAUUGUACUAACAGCGGACACUCAUUCUGCGCUGAGAAGGAACUCCUACCUCUAUGUCUUCGACUAUCAAACGAAGAAUGGAGAUUAUCCACAGCGGCAGGGCUGCAUUCAUGGAGAAGACCUGCCAUAUAUCUUCGGAGCGCCAUUAGUUGGUGGGUUAGCCCACUUCCCCACUAACUAUACAAAAGCCGAAGUGGCUUUAUCGGAAUCUGUGAUGUUGUAUUGGGGAAACUUUGCUAAGACUGGGAAUCCAAAUGAAGCCCAAGACAGCGACCCUAUCCGAGCUGGAAGACAAGACAGGGUGAGGAUGAAGAACUUUGAGUGGACAGCUUACGAAGAAGUUCACAAAAGAUACUUGAAUAUUGACCUCAAGUUGAAAUUAAAAAAUCAUUACAGAGCUCACAGAUUAUCCUUUUGGCUGAAUUUGAUCCCAGACCUACAUCGCCCAGGAGGCGAGGACGUACCACAAUCUCACCACCAAAUCGAACCCGAAGAUUCCUCUUUACAACCGACUUUGAAAACUUUUACCCCACCAUUUAAGAAAGCCACAGAGAUCGUAUUACCAGACUCGGCUACUAAAAUCCCCUUCUUAACAAUGUUGAAUGUGACAGUACCCAUGAAUUUUAAUACAAUCGGAAUAACUCAGAGUACAAUGUCAGACGUUCACAAAACUGAUUCGCAGAGUACAUCUACACCUGAAGAUGGUUUUGCUGCAUAUUCCACCGCUCUUAGUGUCACUAUAGCAAUCGGGUGCUCGUUGCUUAUUUUAAAUGUUCUUAUAUUCGCUGGUGUCUACUACCAAAGAGACAAAACCAGAAUGAACGGCCAAGGAGAUCCAAAUUCUCACCUGAAAAAACGCGUGGAAAACGGUCAAAUGCCCAACAAUAUUUGCGGUGACUUAGAAAGCGCUCUAUCUUUUCAAACUAGCCUUAAAAACGAUCCUGCCACUAUUUUAAGUCAUCACCAUGCACAUUCUCAUCACCAAUUGCCACCACCUGAAUUUGCUGACCUUCCCAGUAAUAACGUUGCAGCGAUGGCUACCUUGCCUCGGGCCCCUCCACCGCCCAAAAUUGGCAAGAGUAACAUAAACACUCUAGCAAGCGGGCAGUUGCAAGAGAACCAGCCGCUUCUCUCGCAUCAAAUGCAGAUGAUAAAUACAAACACAUUGACAAAGAAGAACACGCAACUGAACGCUAAGUCGAAUGUGAGAAUGGAGGAGUUGCGAGUGUGACGCCAGCGAGCCUGACUGCAGCGAACCGGCAGUUGCAGUGACGUGCACCACGAUGAGAUCGUGUGACUCCAGCCGGACCUUCUCAGGGGCGUAGAUGAUUACAUUUAAAGCUCUUGGAAAGAAGGUGCCAGAACAAUUUUAAUAUCGAAACACACAUAGUGAAACAGAGAUAUAGUGUUUAAAACAAAGUUUAAAAGUGAUGUGCUUAGUGAUACCAUAUCUGUAGUGAACUGGGCAAACGGACAAAAACGAUGUUGUAAUCGAUGUACACUUUUGUAAUAUAGCAUAUAAUGUAAAAUGUUGUAAAUAUAGAUACGGCUAAGCCAUAUCUGAGCUAUGUACUCCUAUAAGAAAAUCUGUUGUCGAAAAAACUAGUCAAGUUAGAUUUUGAUUUGCUCAAAGAGGAGUUCGUGUUUCACGAAAAUAUUCACAUAUUAGUAGGUAAUGACAUUCUUAUAAUAGUUCGUGACAGAUAGCAUAAUAAAUAGAUCAUAAGAAUAAAUACCAUUUAAUAACUGACUAUAUAAGAUAUAAUAGAAUGUUUUGAUUUAAUUAAAGAACUAUCAA